AUGCUUGCUGUAAGUGAUGAUGAAAGUGAUGAUUCGAGAAAUGUCAGGAACGGUAAUGGUGGAAGGAAAGUUUUGAAAUUGGACGACGUUGUUGCAGACGAAAUCUCAAGCUCCGAUGACGAAGGACAAAGGCGAUCACCGGUUAAAAAGCCAAAAAUUCUGAUUACUGAAGAAAUUUCGGAUGAUUCUGGCACAGAACGAAAUGAAUCGGGCUCGCUUGUUGAAGAGGAUGGUGAACUUAGUCUGGUUUCGGAAGAUGAUGUUGUUCAGUGUGACCAAAUCUCAGAAGACGAAGGUGACAACAACGAUGACGAUGAUGGCGAUGAUGACCAUGGUAAUGAAUUUACUAAAUCUCGUAAAUAG